AUGGCGCCUUCAAUUCCAGUUCCUAACCAAGGUGGCAUGUUCCAUACUUUCCAGGGUGUCACGCCGCGAAAACCCUCAAAUGAGCCCCAAGACAACGGGAAAACACCUGGCUCGACGGGCUCUAAGCGAAUCACCACCCCACAUGCAUGUGCCGAAUGCAAGAGGCGAAAAAUCCGCUGCGAUGGACAACAGCCAUGCGGCCAAUGCCUCUCGAGCCGUGCGCCGAAAAGGUGCUUCUAUGACAAGCACAGGCAACGCGUCAUUCCUUCGAGGAAGACCCUCGAGGCGCUGUCACAGUCCCUCGAAGAGUGCCGCUCCAUCUUGAAGCGCCUGUUCCCAAGCCAAGACGUCCCAUCUCUGCUGCCGCUCUCUCGCCAGGGGCUACUGAGCCUCCUCGAACGACCCGUUCAUGACACCCCAACCGCGCUUCCCUCCCCCCCUCUCCAUGCGUCUCCUCUCUCCCAAGAGCUCGAGUCUUCUGUCUGCUCAGGCUCUGAGCAGGGCCUUCCCAGUCUUGAAUUGAUGCCGGGGCGGAACGUUGAGUGGGAUGAGGAACGCCGUGGCCGUGACCCCAUUCCCAUUGAAGCCGACGACGUCAACGCACUCUCCCUAUCUGUGGAUCGACAAUCAUCCUACCUGGGCGCCUCGUCAAUCAAGGCAGCCCUAAUGUGUUUGCUGAAAGUUCAGCCCGCGCUGCGAAAUUCUCUCACCACCCCGCUCCACAGCGUCGAAGUCACUCACAACUUCCCGACUACGCGAGUAAGGGGCACCAUAUCCAAGGACACUCAACGCAUUCCCUGGUCGUGGAAAGGACAGACCCUCAUUGAUGCCUACUUCAAGCGCAUCCAUGUUUUCGUCCCCAUGCUGGAUGAAGCUUCGUUCCGUGCUGACUACCUCGAAGGCCAGCGAUUUGACGCACCAUGGCUGGCUCUGCUCAACAUGGUUUUUGCCAUGGGCAGUGUCGUGGCCAUGAAGUCGGACGAUUACAAUCACAUCAACUAUUACAACAGGGCCAUGGAGCAUCUUCCAAUAGAUGCCUUUGGAAGUAGCCACAUUGAGAGUGUUCAGGCCUUGGCUCUAAUUGGCGGUUACUAUCUUCACUAUAUCAACAGGCCCAACAUGGCAAACGCUGUUCUUGGUGCGGCGAUUAGAAUGGCGAGUGCUCUUGGCCUUCAUCGCGAGAGCCUGGCGCAGGGAUCCAGUGACAUUGCUGCUGCCGAAACCCGUCGUCGUACGUGGUGGAGCUUGUUCUGUCUUGACACUUGGGCUACAACUACGAUGGGCCGGCCAUCAUUUGGUCGUUGGGGGCCCGCGAUCAACAUUCGGCCCCCGGAGUUUGGGAUCAACCAAGCCCGAGACUCUGCUCACCACGCCGGUAUUCUGCCCCUGAUCGAGAAUAUCAAGUUCUGCAAGAUAGCCACUCAGAUACAAGACAUCUUGGCAAUAUCUCCUUUACUGCGGGAAGAAGAUCGCUGCAAUCUGGACGGUCAGCUGGUCAACUGGUAUGGCAAUCUGCCGUGGUUGUUGAGGACGACGGAUCCAUGUGCAGAGCCACUGUACAUGGCCAGGUGUAUUAUGAAGUGGCGUUAUCAAAACCUCCGCAUGCUUCUCCAUCGACCAGUCCUGCUCAGCAUUGCCAGCAGCGUCGCUUCCUCCCAAGUCGCAGAGCAAGAUGUUGACGCUGUUGAGACAUGCCGCGAGCUCGCCAAGCAGACGAUCGAGGACAUUGCGCGAGAAUGGACUCGGAAUCAAAUGUCCGGAUGGAACGCUGUAUGGUUCCUCUACCAGGCUGCCAUGAUACCACUUGUGAGUGUGUUCUGGCAGUGGAAUAGCCCACGCGUUCCCGAGUGGCACCAGCAGAUCGAGACGAUCCUGAAUCUUCUCGAGGCUAUGGAGGACUGGUCCCUGGCAGCACGCCGAAGCCGCGAGGUGGUGUGGCGAAUGUAUGAUGCGUCUAGACAACCCUCAAUGCGGUCAGAAAGCCCUUUGCAAGCUAUCGGAGAUGAGCAGGGCUUACUGAUGACCGAGACGGAGCUGCAUAUGUCACCCAUCGGGCUGGAGCCGGAAGGGAUGGGCAUAAUGGGCAUGCUUGACCAGCACGGUCUCUGGGACCUAGACGGUAUGUAUUGGGGUCACAGUCCUGAUCAGGGCGUGGAAUUUGCCCCAUAUCACGUCAAUGAGCAGAUGAUGAGCAUGGAGUACGGCAUGAUAGGUGGCCAGGCCGCGCCGAUGGAUAGUAACUUCUUCGGCCCCUAA